UGGCGAAUGUUUGGAGUCUGGAGGCUUAUUGCAAGAGCUGAUAAAGGGAACCAAAAGACAUCAGCCAUACUAUAGAAACACGAGAAGGGAAGGAAUAAAGCAAAACGACGGUAUGUCCCGCUCCUCAGACAGUGAGGAUGGCUGCUUUGUUGCCAUGGACACAGAGGAUGGUGGGAUUGCACCAGAACAUGUUAGCAGAGAACAGGGUAUGGAAAUGAAGGAAAGUAACAUCACCGGAGAAAUCAGGACAGAGAAGAUUAUAGAGGGUGAGAAAGCCAGUGAGCGGGCAAUGGUGGAGCUACCAGAGGAAGUACUGGAGUACAUCCUAUCCUUCCUUUCUCCGUACCAGGAGCAUAAGACUGCUGCUCUGGUGUGCAAACAGUGGUACCGCCUCAUUAAAGGUGUUGCAUAUCAAUGUUACCAUGGUUUCCUGAGAGCUGUUCAAGAGGGCAACAUUCAGUGGGAGAGCCGAACUUACCCCUACCCUGGAACACCAAUCACCCAGCGCUUCUCACAUAGUGCAUGUUACUACGACUCUAACCAGUCCAUGUAUGUGUUUGGUGGCUGCACCCAAAGUAGUUGUAAUGCUGCCUUUAAUGAUCUUUGGAGACUUGACCUUAACAGCAAGGAGUGGAUCAGACCCUUGGCAUCAGGCUCCUACCCAUCUCCCAAAGCAGGGGCAACCCUGGUGAUGUAUAAAGACUUGUUAGUACUUUUUGGGGGGUGGACACGACCUAGCCCCUAUCCUUUGCACCAACCUGAGAGGUUUUUUGAUGAGAUCCACACAUAUUCACCUUCCAAAAACUGGUGGAAUUGUAUAGUGACAACCCAUGGCCCUCCACCUAUGGCAGGACACUCUUCCUCUGUCAUUGGCAACACCAUGGUGGUGUUUGGAGGCUCUCUCGGAGCUCGACAAAUGAGUAAUGAGGUUUGGGUUUUAGAUCUUGAACAGUGGUCCUGGUCUAAACCAACCAUCACUGGCUCUUCCCCACACCCUCGUGGUGGCCAGUCUCAGAUUGUAAUAGACAAUGAGACAUUGCUGAUCCUAGGAGGUUGUGGAGGACCCAAUGCACUCUUGAAGGACGCCUGGCUCCUGCACAUGGGCUCCCCCACGUGGUCAUGGCAGCAGCUGCGUGUGGAGAAUGAGGAUCACGGAGCUCCAGAGCUGUGGUGCCAUCCUGCCUGCAGGGUGGGACAGUGUGUAGUGGUGUUCUCGCAGGCUCCUUCAGGCCGAGCUCCGCUAAGUCCCAGUCUCAACUCCCGUCCCUCCCCUAUUAGUGCCACGCCUGCCCCACUGGGCCCAGAUCCCCCCUCUCUGCGGUCCCAGUCGCCUGUUCGGAGCGGGGCGGCGGGGGUGGUCCUGGGGGCAGUGGAAGAGGCACCCUGCGUAAACGGGCGAUGGGGGACUUUGCGGCCCCGGCCUUCGGCCAGGGCGGGGGCCCGCGACGGGAGCCCCUCUUCCUCCCAGCAGCAGUCUCCCUCACAGGGCCCCGACAGCCCACCUCUUCCCUCGAUCCCCCCCAUUCUGAAUGGCUCGUCCCCUUCGUCACGCACCAGUCCCGCCCAGGUUGCCUCCCCGCCCUCUCGGCCUCACGCCCAUCCCCCAGUUCCCGCGGACUUUGGCUGGGAGUCGCUUCCCUCGUCGUCCUCCUCCUCUUCUUCUGGUCCAGCUCUGGAGCAGCCCAGCAUCAACGGCCUGCACACCCCGCCGCCCCCCGUCUCUCCACGCACCCCCCCGGGGGCUGUGUCCCCUGCCGCCCUCCGAAGAGGCCUGGAGGCCAUCAAAGCCCUGUCCUCUUCGUCGCUGCCAUCCUCAUCUUUAUCCCACGCGGGAGCAUCUGGGUCGGGAAACACGCCCCCUUCCUCUUCUUCUGCUUCCUCUAGCCCACCACAGGCCGGCGGCACGGAUGGACACUCCAUCCCACCAAUCGCCCGUCGGCUUGGCCACCACCCGCCGCAGAGUCUCAACGUAGGCAAGCCACUAUAUCAAUCCCUCAACUGCAAGCCCAUGCAGAUGUACGUCCUGGACAUUUCACGUGCCAAGACGGAGGGCGUGGUCUCUUGGAGGGUCUAUGGCAGCGGAGGUGCCCCCACAGCGGUCACUGGCCCCCCCGAGACCAGCCUCCACACUGUAGUCCAAGGUCGUGGGGAGCUCAUCAUCUUUGGUGGCUUAAUGGACAAAAAGCAGAACGUGAAAUAUUAUCCCAAAACCAACGCCUUGUACUUUGUGCGUGCUAAAAGGUAAUGCAGCUGGGUACGGAAAAGAGCGAGAGCAAUUGGUCCUGGCCAGUAAAGAAAGUUUAAAAAAACAAACAAAACAAAAAAAAAAAAACACAGGAUCCCUCUAUCCUGGCCAUACAAGGGAAGUGAGACUCGCCUUUGCCUGGAGAGGGAGGAUCAUGGGAAAAGAAAGUGCCACUAAUUCCUGCUGUUCACCUCCCUCCCAACACUAAUUUCUCAAUUUUCUCAAUUUCCAUAAAUCCUCACACAUAUAGACACAUAUAAUGGAUUCUCAGUGAUGACUGUUGUGUGAAUGAAUUGUUCUCCUGACCUCCACCCUUCCUAAAAUAUGUAAAUGGGUGUGUAGAGAGAUUGAUGGAAAGGAGUUUUUACUGUUUGCUAUGGAUGAAGCGAACUGUAUGUGUUGUCCUCUCUGUCAUUUGAGGCAAAUAGAGAGAAGACAGGGAGGACUUUUGAAAGGGAGGAACAGUGGUUGACUACCUUGCUUUUUUAAUCACUCUUUCAACCUGCAUUGUUUACAUUGAAAAGUGUGAGAGAAAAGUGUGU